CCAGAGAAGCAGAAGAUGGCAGGAGAGCCAGAGCUCCACCAGCCGAAGAACCAUGAGGAGGAGGUCACAUUGGAAGACCAGGGAUUUAAGAAUGACCCUGAGGGUCUCAUUUGCAGCUCCAAGAGUUUGCAAGGACAUCUGACCCGAGCCCCCUGGCUUCUGCUGCUUCUCAUCUCUUUGGGCCUCUUUUUGCUUAUGUUGGCCACCCUGGUUCAAGUUUCCAGGAUCCGUGCAAACCCACAGGGACAGACCCAGGAUCAGAAGGGGAGCUCCAGCUUGGGGGAAGUUGCUGUUCCUCAGGAGCAGACAUACACUGGCUUGGAGCAGAUCCAGCAGAUCCAGCAGCAGCUGACUCAGUUCAACGCCUCGCUGGCUGGCCUGUGCCGGCCUUGUCCCUGGGACUGGGAGCUCUUCCAGGGAAGCUGCUACCUCUUCUCCAGAACCCUGGCCAGCUGGGGAGCCUCUGCCUCCUCCUGCAAGGAUCUUGGGGCCCACCUGGUGAUCAUCAACAGUGUUGCAGAGCAGCAAUUCCUCAAAUACUGGCACAUCAGACAGUCUCAGCUUACCUGGAUUGGCCUCAGCGAUCAUCAACGCGAAGGUUCCUGGCAGUGGGUAGAUGACACCCCACUUAAACUCAGCUUCUGGAAAGAGGGGGAGCCCAAUAAUGCAGGGGACGAGGACUGUGUGGUCAUAGCAGAAGAUAAAUGGAAUGACAGCACUUGCUCUGCAAACAACUUCUGGGUCUGUGAGCAGCCCGCGACUCCCUGCCCUGGUCACGGACGGUCUGCGCUGCCCUAGUCACACAGGCACCUUGGAGGCACUCUGCUCCAGAUCCGGCACCCGGUACAUCUCAGUGCCCCUCUUCUGAGUCCUUUGAGAUCCUGAGAGAGUCCCUGGGGCCCCCUCCAUGUAGCUCUUCCCUCUUCCCCUGUGGUGAUUUCAGUUACAUGAAUCCCGAGCCCAUGAAUGCCCCAGUAGAGUUACACACACUUGGGGCUGGGGCGUAGCUCAGUGAUACAUCCCAGUGGGCCUAGCAUGGAUGGCUCUCUGAGUCCCAUCCCCAGGUCCCAAAUAAAAUAAUAAACAGAUGAUUAAGUUCACA